AUGGUCUCCUUUGGCAGGCGGGCAUGCACCAACACAUAUGCACCUAAGCUAAACGCCAUUGGUUCUUCUACGCACCCGCGACAAACCAGGUUCCAAAGGCGGCGCAAGAUGGCUGGCUUCCGACCCAAUGGGAGCUUGCCAGCUGUCACGUUGGCGGUGGCGCUAGUGCUGUGCGCCAAUGGGCCAACUUGGGUUGCUUCGGCAAGCCCAGCAACCAAACAUGUCGAAGAAGCCCAGAAGGACCUUACCGAGUGGAUCUCGAAGCUGUGGCGAGAGUUGCACCAAUAUCCGGAGCUCGCAUACCAGGAGGAAAAGACAAGCCGCCUCGUCCGCACAACUCUCGACUCUCUGGGCAUCUCCUAUACGUACCCUCUCGCCACCACGGGGCUCGUCGCAACGAUCGGACGGCCGGGAGGCCGCCACGUGGCAGUCCGCGCUGACAUGGACGGUCUGGCGAUCACCGAAGCGACGGAUCUGCCGCACAAGAGCAAAGUCGAGGGAAAGAUGCAUGGAUGCGGGCACGACGCGCAUACUGCUAUGGUGCUGGGAGCUGCCAAGCUGCUCAAAGCAAAGGAAGCGGAGCUCCAGGGGCAGGUGAGCUUCGUUUUCCAACCGGCGGAAGAGGCGGGCGCCGGUGCGUACCGCAUGCUUGAGGACGGGCUCUUCAAAAACGACCACGUGGAUGCCAUCUUCGGCCUCCACGUGGACCCUUACAUGUUCACCGGGCAGGCCUCGGUGUAUGCGGGCACGGUUCUAGCAAGCGCAGGCACGUUUAAAGUGACGCUGACGGCAACCGGCGGCCACGGUGCGUGGCCGCAUCUGACAGCAGACACAGUCGUAGCCGGGGCGUCGAUUGUUCUCAUGCUUCAGACGCUCAUCUCGCGGCGGCUGAGCGCUCAGGAGGCGGGCGUGGUGUCGGUUACGAUGUUCCAGGGGGGGUCGGCGCUCAACGUGCUGCCUUCCGAGGUCGUCUUAGGAGGCACGUGGCGCUCGCUCAGCGUGGAAGGAAACAAGAACCUCAAGGAGUGGAUCCGUCAGAUGAUUCUGCAACAAGCCACGGUGAUGGGCGUUAACGCGACGAUCGAUUUCUUCGACGACAAGCACCCGACGUAUCCCCCGACCGUCAACGAUCCCCGGGUGGCCAACUUUGCGCGGGGCGUCAUUGAGAAAGUCCUCGGUCCGGAAAACACCAAGGAGGGCUAUCCGCAAAUGGGUGCGGAAGACUUCGCCUUUUACACCGAGCGAAUCCCGGCGUGCUUCUUUCUUCUGGGAGUCAGGCAUGAGGACACCGUGACACCGGGGCCGCUUCACACUCCCAGGUUUUCUUUGGACGAAGCUGCUCUUCCCAUUGGCGCGGCCAUCCACGCCAAUCUGGUUCUAGACUUCUUGAACGAGGGAAGCGGGGAAGAUGGCAAGGAAACCGGGGCCGUGAAGGAAGAGCUGUAAAUUAACAUAAAGAUAACAUCAAGUAGCUUGUGAAAACCACAACGUAGCUUUUGCUGCAUAAAUAGUUGGCCCAGAGUCUCCGCUACUAGUGUCAAACGUCGAGAUCGUUGUGGAACAAAAAGCAGUACGCAUGUGAUUGGCUCUCUCGUAGGAUUUGAAAGCGUCACCUAAUCAAUUACAGAAGCGUCAGGCCCUUUUGUGGGUUGUUUUGACAGGUCUGUCCAUUCGUACGUGGUUUAUCUCUUGCAUUUCCCGCAGACGUGCUGGCGCGAAGCAAUACUUGGAGGCAAAUACACUCUCCAGGAUCCAUUUGCAUUCAGCCCAAGCAAGCACUCCGACUUCAGGA